UUUGCCGCGAACUGAAGCUUGGUUUCCUUGUUGAAUCAGUUCACUCAAAGACACAGAAGCGGCAGUAGUAGGGGUCCACCGGAACGAUUUUUAUCAGCAAAACGGCUAUACUUUGAUUUCUAAUUUGUGUAUUUGAUCACCAUAGCUUGACCAUGGCUACAAUUAAUUUCCCUGCGCGGAAAAUAACCCGUGCUGCUGGAAAGCGGUUGCAAAAGAGUGGAAUUCUGGCAGAUCUCAAAUCACCACCGGUCAACAAGUCGAAAGCCAUCCUGAAAAAGCCGGUCGUUGCACCCCUCUCGCCGAUGAAGAUGAAUCUGCAGGAUAAUGUUGUGGCAUUGUCACCAAGGAAGAGAAGUCACACUUUUGACAACAAGUCGAACACAGAGCUCGGUGUUUCCCCCAGCAAGAUGCGUAAAGAGAACUUUCCGAGUCCAGUAAAACAGCAGAGCCCAGUCAAGCACAUCUUCAAUCCAGUGGUCGGAUGUCCUGUUGCCAAUCGUAAACUCGACUUUUGUUCAUCACCAUCAAGACCUGUGGCGCCUCCAAACUCACCAAUGUCUGCUUAUACAACACCGAUGACGCCGACCUUGUCCAAGUUAUCGAUUUCUGGUAAAAGGAUAUUGUCGUCUCCCAAGGUUACAGCGCUGAGGCUUGCAAGACAAGACUCCAAGUGCUAUUCAGACGUCAAGAAAGUUCUCCAUACUGCCCUGCCAGAGCGAUUAUUAUGCCGAGAUCGAGAAAUCAACGAGAUCCGAGCGUUCCUUGAUAGUCAUGUGGCCAAUAAGAAGCCUGGUAGUCUGUACAUAUCUGGUGCACCUGGAACGGGAAAGACGGCUGUUUUAUCCAAAUUAAUCGAGCAACAGGAAGACAAAGUGAAGACCAUCUUCAUCAACUGUAUGUCGGUGAGGAACUCGCAGGACAUUUAUAGCAAGAUAUUAUGUGAUCUGUGUGGGAAGGAGGUCAGCGGGAAAACCGUCAAGCAGCUGUCUGCUCUGCUCACACGCAAGCUCACAUCCAGUGGACCAAUGGUUACGCUCGUGCUUGAUGAGAUGGAUCAGCUCGACAGUAAGAACCAAGAGAUCCUCUACUCCAUUUUCGAGUGGUCUGCUCUCCCAAAAUCUCGACUAGUCCUUAUCGGAAUCGCCAACUCUCUUGAUCUCACAGACAGGAUUCUCCCACGGUUACAGUCACGACCUGGGUUCAAGCCGACAUUGUUGAACUUUACGCCGUAUACCAGGGAUCAGAUUGUGGCCAUUUUGAAAGACAGGUUAGAAAAUGCCAGCGACGUCGUAGACCAAUCAGCUGUCCAGUUCUGUGCGAGGAAGGUUGCAUCUGUUGCCGGGGACAUGAGGAAGGCUCUUGACGUCUGUAGACGCGCUGUCGAGAAGGUGGAGACAGAUGUUCGAUCACAGCAGGUCUUCAAGACCGUCACUUUUGACUUGACUCCCCAAACGUCACCAGUUAAAGUCGUCUGCCCAAAGAAGAUAACCAUUGCACAAGUUUCCAACAUCGCAGCGGAAGUUUACAGCUCCAAUGCUGUUACGAGUAAGAACCAACAGGGGGCGAUUCCACUGCAACAGAAGCUCCUCAUCUGUUCAUUGCUGUUGGUGAUGAAACAGGGAAAAGCCAAGGAAGUGUCUUUUGGAAAGCUUCGAAGUGCGUACUGCAAGGUCUGUAAGAAACGGCAAGUAGAACCUGUCGACCAAUCAGAAUGCUUCAGUCUUUGCGGCCUCCUCGAUUCACGUGGAAUCAUCGGAUUAAAAAAAGCAAAGGAGUUGAUCCUUACGAAAAUCAGAAUGAGGCUGGAUGAAAAGGAAGUAGAAUACGCCCUUCAGGAUAAAUUGUUAAUCUCGUCAGUUCUUCAGGCUGGAUUAUAGGGGAAGCUAUUGUUGAGAACAGACAAUGAACUUGAACCUGUGAUAAUAGACAAUCUCUACUUUGUCCACUGUUUGCUCAAUGACUUUGCGAUUGGAAGUUCUGGUGGAAAUUGAUGUGAGUCUGCUGUGGCUCUGCUGUUCCGUCUCUGUAAAGUGUGUUCUUGUGGAAGUUUACAGCAGUUUCUGUGGCAGGUUGUGAACUGCUGUUGCAGUAUCUCUGUAUAGUCUGCAACAUUGCUUAUGCAGAGUGAAAUGGGAUGAUGCAGUUACAAGAACUAGAUCUCUAUAUAGUUCAGAGUGAGGUGAAAAGUCUCUUGAACUGUAUGAGUGGAUUUGCUGUUUAGUGGCGUUCCCUAGUCGGGACUUGUUGUCAGGAUCGGGUUCCUUGUGAGAGUAAAGUAUGAAAAAAACACUUGUGCCAUGAACUAAAGUAAUGGAGAUGUUUUUUAUGCCAGAUAGAUUAGUCACAAUGUUACCAUGGGGAUGAGGUGAUGUAACUUAUGGUCUGUAAACUACAUGUAUAAUCAAAUAAACUUAGGACAUUUUAAGGAGAAUGGUUUGUAACUUAUUUUAAACCCUUGUAUUACUAGUGUAUUGAAGGGAUCUCGAAUAAUGCAUAUGAAUUUUCGAUAUGGUCAGAUUAUGUUUUAGGUAUGCCACACUUCGAAAGUGUUUUCUUGUCUCUUAUUCCUGUCAAUUUUAGCUAUAAUGUUAUUCAAGUGAAUUUUAUGUUAAAAGUAAAU